AUGUCAACAAAUAAUACAUAUGCGACAACGUUAUUAGCAGCUACACCAUAUCUUACGCUCAUCAUUGAUCUUAUUACUUUUGUCAUAGGAACGACAGGAUCUGUUUGUAACUUAAUUAUAUUUACUGCUCCACGAUUACGUCGAAAUGCUUGUGUAUUUUAUUUAUUAUGUGCUACUGUAUUUCAACUAAUAACAAUCAUUUUCAUUGUUCCAAUUCGUCUGGCUUCAAAUAAUUUUGGAAGUAAUCUCGAUAAUCAAUCGAUUAUCUAUUGUAAAAUACGUUAUUAUUUGGCCAUUACACUACCUGAAUCAGCGACAUAUUAUAUAUUAUUAUCCAUUAUGGAUCGAUGUUUAGCUACAUCAACAAAUGUUGGAAUACGAGCUUGGAGUAAUCUUAAAGUGGCAUAUCGUAUGUCAGUUGGUGUUCUUAUUUUUAUAUUUAUUGCAAAUAUACAAUUAAUAGUGUUUUUUACCAUAUAUAAUAAUAGUUGCCAAAUUAAACCAGAUAGCUUUGAGACUUUCUAUGGACCUAGCUAUAUAUUGAUUCUUGCUAUGAUUAUUCCAUAUACUCUCAUGUUGAUUUUAUCUCUGAAAACUUAUUUUCAAAUGAAAAAAAUAAAACAGCGAAUAGCUCCAGUUUCAAAUUCAUCAAAUCACACACAGACAAGUCGUUUCGAAUCUCAGAUUAUUAUGAUUAUUUUAUUACAAAUUAUUGUUACUUCAACGCUUCUAUUAAUACGUGUUGUUUCAUAUGCGUACACAAUUUUUACUAGUGAUAAUUUCAACAAGACAUUGACCGAACGUGCCAUUGAAAAUUUCAUCGUACAAUCCAGUUCUUCAUUAUAUUUUUUUAGUUUUGCUAUAUCUUUCUAUGUAUCAACUUUAACAAGCAAAUAUUUUCGGGAUAUAUUUAAAAAACGAAUCGGUCAUUUAUAUCGUCAUUGUCGUAAACAAUAA